AGCCCCCGACAGGUUCUCACUAAGGGCUGCAGCUGCGAUGGACCCUGCAGGGCCAGAUGGCAGUGGCCAUGGUGGGGAGCUCAGCCGCCACUCCCAGAGGUCAUGCAGGAACUUUGUUUUCCCGGCCCGUCUCUGGGGGCCGAGGCAUCGCUUUGCUCAUGAUGGAAAAGUGUCCCAGGUCUGCAAGUACUUUGAGGAAGACUUCUGCUUCCGUGGACAUCGUGGAGAUGGAUGCAGCUGUCAGUACCCAAAACUCCCCGACCCCCUGGAAUGGGAUCGCCGCCAUUCGGAGCCCCAUGUCACUCUGCCAGAUCCCCACCUAGGACUGGCCCGCAGAGGAUCCGAGCCCACCUACUUGCCCUCUGUGGCUGUGGGCUGGGGCUGGGCCAGGGCCUACUGGAGUGCAGAGCCUGGCCUGGAGGGGCUGGCCAGCAAGGAUGAGGAUGUUGGUGGCAGCUCCUGGAAGUCCCUGCCUUCAUCAUCUGCUGACGGGGAUCAUGGCCACUCCCAGGAGUCUCUGCCGAAGUUCCACCUUGUACAAGAGCUCACGGCGCCACUUCAGAGCCUGGACCUUGAGGACAGUCAGAAUGUGGUGUGUGGCAUCUGCAUGGACAAAGUGUGGGACAAGCCAGAGGCCCAGCGGGUCUUCGGCAUCCUGCCCAACUGUAGCCACGCCCACUGCCUGGGCUGCCUGCGCACCUGGCGGAAGAACCGGCAGGAUUUCCCACUGGAUGUCAUCAAGGCCUGUCCCCAGUGCCGUGUCCAUUCCAGCUACAUCAUCCCCCACAAGUUCUGGGUGAGCAAAGGGGCUCAGAAGGAGCAACUCAUCAGGAACUUCAAGGCUCGGACCAGCCAGAUACGAUGCCGGUUCUUCGUGCGAGGGAAUGGCCGCUGCCCCUUCAAAUCUGAGUGUAUCUACCUGCACCAGCUCCCAGCUAAGGCCCUGACCUCCAGUUCUCCCUGGCCUAAGAGAGUGCAACUGGCCUCUGGGAGUGAGGUGCCAGGCCCAGCAUCGUUCCUAAGGGGUGCUGAGCCACAGUACAAUGCGUUCUUCAGGAACAGUGCCCUGGCCGUGACCUUCUGGGGUUCAGAACUCCUGCAGGACCCCAACAGUUCUUGCCAUGGCCUUCUGUAACCAGGAUCAACUUGAGGGAGAUUGGGGUGAGGGGAAGGCGUUUCUAGGUGGUAGAUCUUUCCCUUUUUGGGUUUGGUGGGGGGCAAAAAUAGCAAGCCCUCCACCCCCAUGAACUGCAGCAGUGACACAGCUGGGGACAUGGGGGAGUUGCGGGGGAGGCUCCUAGCAUGAGGAAAGUUCAAAACCUCUUGCCAGGGCCUUGGUUUUUAACUUUGCUGUUUUGUAGAAUGACUCUGAAAGAAAACCAAUAAAAUGCACUAAGUUAUCAU